GUCGUCAUCUGCACCAUGAAGUUGUUAUCUGUGUUCCUCCUCCUUUUCUCCAUAACGGAGAAAUGUUCACUGGCACAUGGUGACGAAAAAGCUAAUUUGCUCCAGAGAUCUGUUGAGUGUCCCUCUGGCUGGACUGCAAUCAACGAUCGCUGUUUCCGCUACGCUGGCAAAACCAAGACUUUUCCUCCAGCUGAAGAACACUCUCUGACCUUGGAGGCAAACCUUGCAUCAGUUCACAGCAAAAGCGAUUAUGAACAGAUUCAGAAACUGGUAUUAAAGGCAACUGGUCUCAACACUGCAGCAUGGAUCGGAGGCUCUAAUACACUGCAGUCAAGGGCUUUUAAGUGGAACGAUGGAACCCCUAUGACCUACACAAACUGA